CGAUACAGUCUUUGCUCACUGAAUCUGAUUCCUGUAUCUCUCCGCCAAUAUGUACUACACAUAGGCAGUGGAGGGGGAGAGCGAUUUGUGAACCAAAAAUUGAGAGCCAAACAAGACGUUAGAGCCACGGGGAACGUCAUCUCCACUCGCACUCGUUCCCGGAGAUCGGCGAUGGCCACAGCCCGAAAACCUUUCACGGCCGGCUCAUCUUCUUCUCCGGCCAACUCCGUCCAUUUCGCCGCCGAUUCGCCGCCGAGGCCAUCUCUAACCCCCGAUCAGUUUCGCCACUGCUCCGAAUCUCUUAGUUUUUUCAAGGACAAGCUCCAGAUGCCUGAAAAGAUCCCCCAGGAGUUCCUUACCUUGCAGGCCAAUAGGAUAAGGUCAUCGGACAUGCAUAGUAGAUGCUUAGUGGCUCGUGACAGUGUCAAUUACAGCAAAAACCGCUAUACAGAUGUCUUACCAUUUGACAACAACAGGGUUGUUCUCAACCCGUGCAAGGAUUACAGACCAUCAGCAAGGGGAUAUAUCAAUGCAAGCUUCAUUACGGCAUCUUCUUCUGAAAGAAUAUCUCGGUUCAUAGCCACGCAAGGUCCACUACCACACACCUAUGAGGACUUCUGGGAGAUGGUAAUCCAGUAUCGUUGCCCUGUUAUAGUGAUGCUUACUCGGUUGGUUGACAAUUAUAAGACGGUGAAAUGUGGAGAUUAUUUUCAGGCAGAGGAUGGCCCUAGAGAAUUUGGUAAUAUAUGUAUUGUCACUAAAUGGAUACGAACAACUGACACUUCAUUAGUGUUGCGCCAUUUGGAGGUAAAUUACAAGGAGUCAGAAGAGCCACCCUUACCUGUUUUGCAUAUUCAAUAUCCCGAAUGGCCUGAUCAUGGAGUUCCCAGGGACACCUGUGCUGUUCGUGAAAUAUUGAGAAGAGUAUAUAGCGUACCGCCAAGCCUAGGUCCAAUAGUGGUGCACUGCAGUGCAGGUAUUGGGAGAACUGGAACGUAUUGCGCAAUUCAGAAUACAAUCCAAAGAGUCCUAAUGGGAGAUAUGUCUGCUUUAGAUCUUGUUAAUACUGUAACCUUGUUUAGGUCGCAGCGAGUUGGAAUGAUUCAGACAUUGGAUCAAUUUAUUUUCUGCCAUGAUGCCAUUGUCGAUGAACUUGAAGACCUCAUCUCAGAUUCCGACAGUCAAAGGAGCUAAUAAUGCUAGAUCAGCGGCUCUAUUUAUAUGAUUCAAGCUAUAGCUGCAUAGUAAAAUCAAAGAUCAGCCAUCUAUUUCAUCAAAGUUGGGAAGUUUCUGCAUGGUUACCCAUCAGGUUUGUGCUGUCCUUUACCCGCCAAGUUUGAUACGUCAUUGUCUAGGCUAAUGAAGAAUGCAGUUGAACAAGUGGAUUACUUGGUGUUUUUGAAUCCGUUUUUCGUCCAGUUAUCUUUGACACGGGCGAACAGAUUAUGGCAUCUCUUUCAUGUUGUAUUAGACCCCCUAAAAUUGUUUUAAAAGAAGCUGAACAAAAUUCUAGACACAUUAGGCACCUAUUGCUGAUUCUUCAAUUAUGAACAUUUUAAUGACAAAUUUAACUGUAUAACACCAAAAAUUUAUUGUCUGCCUGAAUUAUUUUUAUGGCCCACAUGGGUCCACUCUCCGACUAAUCCUGGAUUCAGGUUUGACACGUUUGAGACAGCUGUACCCUUAUUGAUGUUGUAUCUGUGUUGAAUUCAUUGGUCGACUAUUUUUUAUUAAGCUUCCACCACAUUUGGGACC